AUGAAUGACAGAAUAACUAUUCGGACAAAGAAAUUGAUGACCAACCGACUACUUCAGCAGAAACAGUCAUUCCACCCCGGGAAGGCAACAGUACCUAAGACAGAAAUUCGAGAAAUAUUGUCCAAAAUGUAUAAGACGACACCAGAUGUCAUCUUUGUGUUUGGAUUCAGAACCCAUUUUGGUGGUGGCAAGACUACUGGCUUCGGCAUGAUGUACGAUUCCUUGGAUUAUGCAAAGAAAAAUGAACCCAAGCAUAGACUUGCAAGACAUGGCCUGUAUGAGAAGAACAAAGUCUCCAGAAAACAGCACAAGGGACGCAAAAACAUAAUGAAGGAAGUCAGGGAGACUGCAAAGGCCAAUGUUGGUGCCGGCAAAAAGAAGGAAUAA